GCCAGCGGGAUAGUUCCUCUACUAUCCACGCCACCAACUAUUACCUUUAGUAAUUAGGUGGUGAGCGAAGCGGCGGACAAGUAGGCUGCAUGAAACACAUACAGUAAUUGUUGCAAUUGCGUCUGACAGCAACUGCCAUAUUAGGUAUUGGCAUGCCAGAGAGCGCUUCCUGCAUCUAUCUCACUGUGGGCGGAGUCAGCCGAGGGAAUCGCCGCUGGAAGGAGACUGAGCCGGCCACAGUAACUUAUUAAGCGGACACAGACGCUGGGAAAUAUCGCGGCGCUGGGUGAGGCCUGCACCGCAGCCCAUAGAUGGGAGAGACGAGUCCGGAAAAGAUGAAUUCGGAUAACCUUAGAGAGGAUGGUAACAAGCACUUUAAGUGUGGAGAAUAUGAAGAAGCGUUAUGUUGUUAUACAAAAGCAAUCCAGUUAUCAACUGAUAAAAAGGAUACUGCUAUACUACACCGAAACCGUGCUAUCUGCCACCUGAAGCUGGAGGACUAUGUUAAGGCAGAGGAAGAUGCAUCAAAAGCGAUUGAGGUGGAUGGGAGUGACGUGAAGGCACUGUUCAGACGCAGUCAAGCCUUGGAGAAACUGGAACGGUUAGACCAGGCAAUACUUGAUCUUCGCAGGUGUAUUGCACUGGAACCCAAAAAUAAAGUAUUUCUGGAGAGUGUGAGGAACCUAGGAGUCCGGGCACAAGAGAAAGUUCAGCUUAUGUCCUCCACAGACUCCCGAGUGGACCAAAUGUUUCGCAUCUUGCUUGACCCUGAUGAGAAAGAUGUUGAGAAGCAGCAAAAGGCGGCACAGAAUUUGGUUGUCUUGGCUCGUGAAGAUGCUGGAGCAGAGAAGAUUUUUCAGAGUGAUGGCGUCCGUCUCCUUCAACAGAUGCUGGACACCAAAAAAGCAGACAUGAUGUUGGCUGCUUUGAGGACCCUAGUUGGUCUCUGCACCGGCCACCAGUCUCGGGCAAUGGCAAUCCUUAGUGCUGUGGGUAUGGAGAAGUUCUGUGCGGUGAUGGCAAUGAAUGAUGAGCCCAUCUCCCUUGCAGCAUGCAGUGUCCUACAUGCCAUGUUUGAUGCUCUGAAAGAAGGCAUGACAAAAGAAAUCCGAGGGAAAGAAGGUGCAAUUGUUCUAGAUCCUUCAAAGGAACUGAAGUCGAUGAUUCAUCAUUUAUUAGAGAUGCUAACUCAGCCUAGUGUCUCAUCGCAUGGCCGGGAGAAUUCCCUAAAUAUUCUCAUAAAAGUAGUGCCACGAAAGUCAGUGCGUGAUGCCAACAAUGGGAUGACAUUGUGGGUCAUUGACCAGGGUUUAAAGAAAAUCCUUGAUGUAGGAGGCUCUGUUGUGGAGAUCCCUGGCAGUCUUGCAGUGACAGAGACCACCAGAAUGAGUGCCUCAGUCCUCUUGAACAAAUUGUUUGAUGAUCUUACAUGUGAUGCAGAACGCGAGAAUUUCCACAAACUCUGUGAGGAUUAUGUUCGGAGCUGGUUUGAAAGCCGUGGUAUGGAUGGAAAGCUACGGGCAAUACAGACGGUCUCCUGCUUAUUACAGGGCCCAUCUGAAGCUGGAAAUAGGACUCUAGAACUUACUGGCAUUAUGGACAGCAUCAUCGCUCUGUGUGCCUCAGAACGAGAGAUUGACCAGCAGGUGGCAGUAGAAGCACUCAUCCAUGCUGCUGGCAAAGCUAAGAGAGCCUCCUUCAUCACUGCCAAUGGUGUGACACUGCUAAAGGAUAUAUACAAGAAAAAUGAAAAUGAUGCAAUCCGUAUACGAGCUCUGGUGGGCCUGUGCAAGUUGGGAUCAGCAGGAGGCACCGACUUCAGCAUGAAACAGUUUGCAGAAGGCUCCACUCUCAAGUUGGCAAAACAGUGCCGCAAGUGGCUGUGCAAUGAGAGUAUUCAGGCGAGCUCCCGCCGCUGGGCCGUGGAAGGCUUGGCCUACCUAACAUUUGAUGCUGAUGUUAAAGAGGAGUUUGUAGAAGAUAAAGCAGCCUUGCAGGCAAUGUUCAAUCUAGCAAAGUCACAGGAUAAGACAGUGCUCUUUGCUGUUGCAUCCACCCUGGUGAAUUGUACAAACAGCUAUGACCGCGAAGAAAUAGACCCACAAAUGUUAGAACUCGCGAAGUACGCAAAGCAGCAUGUUCCUGAGGAACACCCAAAGGAUAAGAAAGAGUUUGUUGAGGCACGGGUGUCCAAGCUGCUGGCAGCAGGAGUGGUGUCGGCUAUGGCCUGCAUGGUGAAAAAUGAAAGUCCUGCAUUAACCGAUUCAUCCAAGGAACUUAUAUCCAGGGUCUUCUUGGCUGUAGUGGAAAAACCAGAUGACAGAGGAAAUGUUGUAGCUCAAGGCGGAGGGAAGGCUUUGAUACCACUAGCAUUAGAAGGAACAGAGUUGGGAAAAACAAAAGCAGCACAAGCUCUGGCCAAGAUAACAAUCACAUCAAACCCUGAAAUUGCAUUCCCAGGUGAAAGGAUCUAUGAGGUUGUCCGACCCAUGGUCAGUUUGCUGCAUCUGAAUCGCACUGCCCUGCAGAAUUUUGAGGCACUAAUGGCCUUAACAAACCUGGCCGGGAUCAGCGAAAGGCUGAGGGGGAAGAUCAUCAAGGAGAAGGCCGUACCAAUGAUUGAGGGUUAUAUGUUUGAAGAGCAUGAGAUGAUCCGGGCGUCUGCGACAGAGUGCAUGUGCAAUAUGGCAUUGAGCAAGGAGGUACAAGACCUGUUCAUGGCAGAGGGAUCAGAUCGAUUAAAAUUAUUAGUUUUGUACAGUGGUGAGGAUGAUGAGCGUCUACGCCGCGCAGCUGCUGGGACUCUCGCUAUGCUGACCUCUCUGCAGCCAAAGGUUUGCCAGAUGAUCACACAAGUGACAGUCCACUGGUUACAGAUCCUUCAGGCUUUGCUCCUCAGUGAGAACAUAGAACUUCAGCACCGCGGCUCCAUCAUUGUCUUGAACAUGAUGAGUGAAAACAAGGAGCUGGCAGAGAAGCUGAUGGAGAGUGAAAUGUUUGAGAUCCUCACUGUUCUGUCAAAGAAUGAGAAGGAAGACCAGAAACGAGCAGUGGCUCAAGCUGCGCAAGAGUGUUUAACCAAAGCUGUUGAGUAUGGCUUAAUCAAGCCCAACGUUUCUGCACAAUCUGACUGAGGAAGUUCUGAAGUGUUUAGAGACCAAUAAGUGAUAAUUACUUUUCUAACAUCCUGUGCUCUUCACAGAUCUCCCCCUCCCCAAAGUCUCUGUACCCGAAUAGAUCUGCUCAACUGAGAGUGGGUCACAUCUUGACUAGAGUGCUCCAUGCAUGUCCAGCUGGGCAGAGUACAGUCCCAGAACAAUCAAUAAUCCAGACAAUGGACUGUAUGAAAAUACAUUUGGCUGAUAAUAGAAGUCUUCUAGGGUGUGAACAUUGCUUAACAAGAACUAUCUGUGCCCUUUGUGAUCUAGUCACUUGACAGGAGGGCUUUUUGACUUGAUCAUUCAAUUUUGGUUUGCCACGUGUGUUGAACUGAACACUGCCAUUUUUGCAGUGUAGUACAGUCCAUAGCAAGUCCCUGGUUGGAUGAUUCCUUGAAUUAAUUACAUAAUAUGCGGUUGCAUAUGGUUUCCGUGCGAUAAAGAAAGAAAAGGAAAAAAAAAAAAAAAAGAUUUAUCUGAUCCCCUCAUACCAAAGCCAUGAUUGUACGCUACAUAACAAAACUUUCCAAAGAGAUCAUUUCAACUCUUAUUACUCUUUUUAUAGCACUACAAUUUUGGUAAUGGGAUGAAUGUGGACUUGGGUAUAUAACCUGUUAUCACCUUACUGAGAUGUUAUUUUUGGACUUGUACUUUUUAUUAUUUUCCCCUCGUAAAUGAUUCCUAAUUAGUACUUUCAUCUAACAGUAGCUGAUGUGCCCCGUUUCAUGCGGGAAAAGGUAUGCUGGGUGGAACAUUUUACCCCCCAUUAAAGAGACAAAUUCUGAAAAAUCCCUGCUUAGUGGGUGGUUGCAAAUAACUGUCACAUUUUCCAGACCACCCAGCAGGUCACAUGUUCCAGGUCACCCAGCAGGUGCACAGGGAGAGUUCACUAAAGUCACAUUUUCAAAGCACACAAUGGUGAUGCAUUGUACAUGGCAGGCAGACGUUUUGCUACAUAAUUCCUAAACAAAGCAACAAAUUACAACACCAAUUUAAUUCUGCACAUCUACGGUCCAAGAGUUUUAAUUUGGUAUAUGAUGUGCCCUGCUCAUAGAAAAAAGCCACUGAUAAUAGCCGUCCUUCUGCUAUCAAUAUGUACUGUAAUUUGGCAGCAGCAUUUUCCUGGCACAUGGAGCAGAUCCUGCCACUGCCAUGCUGGGUAACUCAUCACAGUGUCAGUGACAGCAGACUUCGUCAGGAGCUGUGUAUACAAAUACACAAAUGUAAAGAAAGAUAGCCGUGAUGGGGACCAAACUGACUAAUUCCAGGUUAUUGAUGCCGUGUUAGCACAUUCCAGUCCUUAUGCUGACCAAGUGAAUGAAAUAGUCUGAAGCGUGUUUUAUGUAUAAUCGUAUAGAAGUAAAUUUAUGUAAUGUUUUCCUGCACGGCAAACUCCUAUCCCAUCCCAAGCAGUGUUCUGCCCCCCAUCCCACCCCUCAUUUGUACUAUUUUUCUUUUUUGUAAGGGAAGGUGAAUUACUAUUGGUGAAGCAAGGAGCGGUGUGUUAGUAGGUGGGCAUUAGCCCAAUCCCAUUAUCUUCACCUUGGAGCUGCUGUUCUAGUUCUGACACUGCGCAGCCUUUCCUUAAAAUUGCCUUAUUUUCUUUAGUUUAAGGACUGUGGAGGCAUGCCACAGAGACUGCUGUCAAUGUUUGCUCUGAAUGGAAUAUAUAGGGAUCAAAAAUAAUCCCCACCAGUUCGGAUACCUGCAGAAUGUCCCAUGAAAUAGCUAGUUAGAAAGUGUACUUGUGAGGCCCACACUGAUACUAAAUGCAUGUUAUAUGGCUGCCUUAGAACUAGAUGCCUUUCUAGAACUACUGUGCACUUUGUACCUGAACUACUGACUACUGCCAUUGUAUUGUAGAUGGGAUUCAUAUAAAGCCAGAAUAUUUUAUGCAAACUGUUUCAGGUACUGUAAGCAUUAUUAAUCAGAUUAUGAGCUACUUCUUGGAUACUGCAUCGUGUAACGGCAUAUUAUUCAUCACAUGCACAGCAUAUGAUGCAACAAGCCACAGUGUAAGCCACGUAUUGUACACAUUUUACACCAAUAUUUUUUUUAUAUACUGAUGUUGCAAUACUGCUUAUUUAUUUUUGUGCUCAGAUGCAGAUGAACAUUGAAGAGUCACCUGGACUUGGCCACCACAGAUAAAGCCAAGAGUGGCUGGACUGUCAUUAGUUUGGCUGUGUUUCGGACAGUGGAGUUAUUUGUGAUUUGUUUUUCUCUGUGGCAUAGUGUACAUUUCUCUUCAAUGUUCUGCUUUGUCUGUACUAAAGGUAAAUGUAGAGUUCGUAUCUUCUCCCCAGGUUUGCGUGGGUUUCCUCCCACGUUGCAAAAACAUACAGGUAGGUUAACUGGCUGGUGAGAAAUAAUGUUCCUUAGUGUACAGAUGUGUUCUCAUACAUCUUUGCUGCAGUCACGCCAAACGGCCCCUCUUGGCACACCAUGUCCCGUGAGACUCUGCUAGCGUGGACACGAGAUUUGUCUUAUUUGCAAUGUAGUGCGGCUAGGACGCACCAGGAGACUGUGCUGAUUAAUUCGAUCUGCAACACUUUUAUAUCUGUGUGCACAUGAGUCCCUGAAUCUGCAUAUGAAGUGCUAUGAAGCAGCGGACGUGGUUUUAUUCCAUACCAAGUUCUGUUGUGCUUCAUGUACAGAAGCAUAUCAAAGUUCUGCAUAUCAAAUUAAUCCGCACAGUCUUCUCGUACGUCCUAAUUGCAUUGCGUUGCUACUAAGAUUAAAUUUUGUCCGAAAGGACGCCCAAAGCUAGCAGAGUAGCACAGGACCUGUCGGCUCACUUGCAACAGACAUCUUCCUUGCAUGGCAUUUAUGAGGCUAGAUGUAUGAGAAUAUAGAUUUAAUCUGUUUUUGGGGGGCACUCUGAAAUUAUUAUAGAAUUAAACUAUUAUGUAUUAAUUGUAUAAUAAUAAAAAGAAAUGACUUGGCAUAAGAAAAAAAAAAAUAGCUGGAAGGGAUGAAAGAAUCCCUCCAAAAAUUUCUGUAGACAAAACUGGUCACCUCUAAAAUAAGUAUAAGUAUUUGUGGACCAAUUGUAUGAGAAAUUUUGAAUAUAUUUUUGCCUAUAUUGUUUCUAGCAAUCCUACAAACGAUGAGCAAUAGCAGUUGUUGAGUCUAAGGGGAGAAUUCAGUUAGCCACUGGCUAAUUGACCCCAUGGGGUUAUCCAAUUAGCUCUGAAUGCAGCCCGCCGGCAGGUCUUAUCGAGGAUUUAUUUUUGGGACCCCUGCAGGCUAUCCCCCGAUAAUUAGCCUGUUUUCGCGAUCGCAGCAGUAAAAAGAAAUUUUUUCGGAUUCUGUGGGGCCAUUUCAAUUGUUUUAACAGGCGGCUACCACUAGGGGGCACAAAUGAACCAAUUCAAUUGUUGCUCCGUUUAGACGCUCAGUCGCGCGGGGAUGACAUUUCUUCUCGCAGCCUCCUGAGGUGUGAGAAGAAGUGUGUGUUAAGACUGCACCUUAGGCGUCCAAAUGGGAGUUUGGUCGCCCAAAGCAAGACUUUAAACGGGUUUAGCCGUUUUACAUGGCUAAACCUGGUCUGUUUGUACAUGAUAUGUGCGAUGUGCAUGGCUGUCUAAACAGUCCCGUUAGGACAGGACUUUUACACACCCAAAACAAUAGAAUCGGCCCCCAUGUGUUUCCACCCAAAAACAGGAAAUUUAACGGGGCAAAAAAACGGUCUCUAAUUGAAUUACCCGAAGCUAAGAAAAUGCUAAAAAGCUUCAGACUGUCCCCAUUGUUUGCACAUAUCUCCUCCCACCGCCAGGAACGGAAUAUAGAAUGACUGUACUCCACAAAUACUAUUUAUUUUAGAGGAGACCUAUCUGGUCGAUUGAUGUUCUUAGCUGUGAUUCCUUCAUCCAUUCUAGUAAUAACUUCUUUGUUUUCAAACUUUCUUUUAAUAUACAAUUAAUAAAAAUUAUAUUUUUAUUCUACAAUCAUAUCAAAGAGUGGCCACAAGAAGAGUUUUUUCUUAGUUUUUCUGCUUCUUUGCAUAAACUCCCCCCGUUACUUCAUAAACCGUAAGCCCUGUGGAGCACCACUAACUUCUCGUAUUCUAACUUUAUAUUUCAUAUGUAUUGUUAAUACAUUGUUUGUAAAAUAAUAAUCUCGUCACAUCAUAUUUCAGUCCAGUGCAGGAUCGUUCUCUUUUCAUAUAGGGAAUAUAGAUUGUACGCUUCACUGGUGCAGGGACCAUCGGGUUUACGUAUACCUCCGAAUCAGGCCCAGUAUUGUUGGCUGGAAGCACAAUGUUCUUCCAGCCAAUUGUGCUGUGUGAUGACUUUACCUAUGGCUAACACCCAAUUUCUGGCAGUCUGCUUUCAGAAGCCCAGCUGACUUAUGUGACAUCACAGAACUAUAUAUGCAGAGGCUGGCUUCUAUACUCAGAAGCAGAGGCUGGCUUCUAUACUCAGAAACUGAGGCCUUUCUUUGAAAGGUCUAUUUACACAUUAUUAUACACAUUCCAUUUCUUAUGCUCUAUCUACUGUGUUCACUGAGCCCAUCAACCAUCACUUGUUCUUUAUUUUAUUUAUUGUUCAUCUUUGUUCCUAUGCUCUAUGUUUGUCAUGUUUAUUUCAGAUGGCCGCUUAUUUAUAUUCCACUGUUAUUAUUUUUCAUACCAAGCGAACCAUUGGCUUGCACUGUGGACUAGUUCAGUCUGGUAAAUAAAAUCACAAAUCUGUCACCAAGAA